GUGACAGAUGCGCGUUUUUUACGGUUUUUGUCAGUUUUCUUAGGACAUUUGUUUUCUCUUCUAUUUCUAGCCCCUCAUGUUUGGGUUUCUAACUUCAAUAUGAUCUGUUAAAAUAUCAGAAAGCUUUAGAGGAGAAAGGAACUGAGAAUAUCUUUAAAAAGGGACAAUACAAUCUGUGGGCCUAUGGUAAGCAAUAGCACACCAGUGCAUUCUGUAUGCGACAGUGAUGACGUAGUCGACCGUUGCAGAGUCGCUUCCCAGUCCUCUACCUAUAUUUGCCAUUGCGGAGGGAGGAAUUCGGUGAGUCAGCGUUGCCAGUUCAUGGCUGCGUGAUAAACGGAGCUAAUGCGGAUGUACCAUGAAAAUCGUCACGUGUUUUGGUGAUGCCGGUAACACAGUUUAUCGAUCCAAUGAAAGCUCCACGCUAGUUGUCUCGUCCCGAUUCUGAUGCAACACAUAAGCACAAAAAGUCAGUAAUUUUUCGGUGUUUCUGCAUGUAACUCAGGAAACUGUUGCUGUUUCCAAUAGUAAAGUCGAAACGUGAUUGACUUUUUUCGCCAAAACGCCCGCGAUUACUUUCCCCCGAAGCCCGAAUUAGAGAAUACUCCACAAUCAUGUCACUUUCCGUUGCCGGAGGCGUUCAGAUUUUCUGCGGCUUUGUUAUCUUCUUAUGUGAAGUCAUAGCAGGAUCUAAUGACUCGGAAUUCCGAUAACCGUUGACCCAGGAGUUUACAUACAUGAUCGAUUGCAGGAAUGGGACUGUGGGCGGGCGCCUCCGCCACCAAGUACACCGGCUUUGUCUCCGGCAUCGUCUUCAUCGUCAGCGGAAUUCUGGCCCUGGCCGCCGCUAGCGCCAUCCGCCAGUCCAAGAGCAACGCCAUGUGCUUGGCCAUCACGGCCCUGGUGAUGGGCAUCAUCAGCAGUCUGCUGGCUUUUGGCCUGCUAGUCUGGUACAGCCUCCUCGUUGACGCCUAUCGCAAGGUAUCGGUCAUCUUAAUCGUGACGGCACCAGCCGCCAUUGUCAGCACGGAGCUGGCUUUCCAGAUUAUUGUGCUCUUCGCCAGCAUCGCGGUCGCUAUGUUCAGCGGUAAGAGCAUCACUGAGCCCACCGCCGCGACUAUCUACCGUGCGCCAUAAACUGCGUGAACAGCUCAUACCUUGGCGAGAUGCCAUAAUGAACUACCAUAAUAUUAUAGUACCUCGUACUUGCAGUAAUUUGCACGACUCAUGCCACCAUCCAUACUAGAAGCCGGUCUUCGCCGGGUUCGCCACUGUUUAACUUCUUCCAUUUUACUUGCUUCUUCUUUCCUGGAAUGCCAACGAGAAAUCAUUUUUGUAUUUUGCAUGCUACUGUUUGCGUCUCUCUCGCCAAGUAUUAGCUGCAGUUUGUACUUGUUACACGUUUAUUUGUUAUUAA